CUGGUUUCUGUCGCUGACCGAAAUGCGCGAAAAGCUGUACUGGGCGGAGCGGUUUGGCGGCGGCACACCCCUUAAUCGCGAAUAUGGACCAGAUCUGCAGGCGUUUUUCGUCGACUACCUCCAGAUUCCGGCAAAGGAACGCGUCAGCAGCGCGCUGGCGCGACUGUCGUGCACGAGUUCCGCCGAAAGUCGUCGUGGAGGGCAGAACAAUCCAACCUCCGGAGAUGCCAGUGCAGCUGAGCAGCUCUACUUCUCGUCGAUGUUUGAUGGUGCUGGUCAUGGAAGCUUGGGCGAGGAAAAUUAUGCAUCCUCAUCUAAGAUACACAUACAACACCAGCGGGACGAGACGCUGAUUGCUUUUUUGAAGGAGGUGAACGAUGAUGAGAACUUCGAGGACUACUGCAAAACCGCCAUUUUGCCGGUGGUAGCAGAUUGGCAUCUACGUCGCCCGGAUGAUGCGUCGUUGCUCAUUUGCGACGUCUCAGGAUGGGAUCUAGAUGCAGUGCAGGAGGUGUUCGGUGAAGAGUAUGUCCUCGUAGCGCUCUCACCGGAAGAAGUUGCCUUGCUGCCGAAGCUGCUGCAACGCUGUGGGAAAUUGAGCGACCUGCUCACGGAACAAGAGGACGAGCAACUUCCCGGUUCUUCAUUCCUUGGAAAUAGUACUAAUUCUAAUCUGCAAGAAGAACGCGAACGGUCAUGCAACAUGAGCUGUAUCUUCAAAGCUCCUGUACCGGCGAUGAAUCUGCCGAUCGACGGAAGGAGAGCGGCAGUGUACCUUGCGCGCGCGGCGGUCAUGCGGAACCUGCAGAACGAUGGAGAAAAUGAAGUGCAGUAUGUAGAACAACAGCUGUCAGGAUCAACGGCACCUUCGGAAGAUGAGAACUUGGUCAAGCUCUCUUUUUCCAUAACAAACUCUGCUAGAGGAGCUCCUUCUCCUAUGGAUGUAACAUCCGAUUUCCAUACUGCAGCUGUUGUCUUCGGUUUCGGUGCCGGGUGUGCUCCCAUUCCCCGACACUGCGACGAGAUUCACAUCUAUGACACGGAACGGCUCAACGAUUUCCCAACGCUAGCUGCUACUAGCCAUCUGCAGCUGUCGUUUGAGGACUCGACCAGUUUAAGGAGCCACAGCAAAAGAAGCGCCAGCACAUCUGCAGCAUCGAGCGAGUACACAUCGAUUUCCCCGUUUUGUGCGUAUUCGCCGUCAGACAAGAUUCUCUUCCUUGGGGAAGGGCAGCAUCUUUCUUUCGCAGCUGCGCUUUGCCGCGCGC